AUGUUCAACAAGGCCUUCUCCGCCGCCGCCGUGGCCCUCGCCGCCUCGUCGGUCGUUUCCGCCCAGACCUUCAGCACCUGCAACCCCAUGAAGGAGUCCUGCCCUGCCGACCCAGCCUUCUGUGCCAAGGUCGACUGCGACUUGAGGAAGGGCGACUGCGAAAUGUUCAAGCCGCUCAAGGGCACCACCGUCGAGCAUACGGACAAGGGUGCCGUCUUCAGCAUCGAGAAGGAUCUGCAGGGUCCCACCCUCCGCACCCCAAAGUACAUCUUCUACGGCCGCGUCGACGUCGAGGUCCAGGCCGCCAAGGGCCAGGGCAUCGUCACCAGCGUCGUUCUCCAGUCCGAUGAUCUGGACGAGAUUGACUGGGAAUGGGUUGGUACCAACAGCACCAAUGUACUGUCCAACUACUUCAGCAAGGGCAACACCUCCAUCUACGACCGCGGCAAGGACCACCCCGUCGACGACGCCCUCGGUCGCUUCCACACCUAUUCGAUCGAGUGGACCCCCGACGCCCUCGUCUGGCUCAUCGACAACGUCGAGGUUCGCCGCCUGAACAACGUCGGCCUCGUCGGCAGCAGCGCCUUCCCCCAGUCCCCCAUGCAGCUCAGGAUCGGCACCUGGGUCGGCGGUGGCAAGGACACCGCCCCGGAUACAGUCAAGUGGGCUGGCGGCUACACCAAUUUCGACGACGGUCCAUUCCUCGGCUACUACAAGAAGGUCACCGUUGUCGACUAUGCCGGCACUGGCAAGCCCUGCCAGGGCGGUGUAAAGGAGUACGUUUACUCCGACCGCAGCGGCCAGUCCAAGAGCAUCAACGUCGUCGGCGGCAGCGACGAGGACACCAGCAGCGAGAGCGCCAGUGCCACCGCCACCAGUGUCGAGUCGACCUCCUCGGCGACGGAGCUGGCCAAGUCGAGCCAUACUUCGGUCGCCUCCGAGCCGACAAGCCAGUCCACCGCCGUCGCCAGACCCGCUGGGAACAGCACCGGCGCCCACACCGGCACCCACACCGGCCCGGCCCCUUCCAGCACCGGCGUCUAUGCCACUCCCUCGACCCUUCCCUCCUCCGGCGCCGAGCGUGGUGCCGUCUUCGCCAGCUUCUUCCUCGCCGUCGCCGGCGUCCUCGUUGCCAUUCUGUAA